AUGGACGGAAAUUCAGAUAAUACAAUUCGAGAAACCGCUGAGUUUGAAACUAAUGAAGUAGAGAAAUUAGGGGCGAGAGUUAGCGAGUUAGAAAGAGAACUAAUCAGUACCAAAAAUCAUUUAGAAAAUGUAGAGGGAAAAUUGAAAAGAGAGACAGAAGAAUUAAGCAAAAUCGAACCCGAAAGGAAUAGGUUGCAAGUAGCAAAUUUAGAACUUAUAGCCACAAUUGAAAGUCAAAAAUCAGAAAUUGCUAAAGAACAACGAGAAGCCCAAAGCAAAGCCGAAGAGGAAAAUCUACGAUUAAAACUCCAAAUUAACGACUUAAAAUACGGAGUUGGCUCAACCUCAAGAGUCCCAAACAUUCCUACUAUUCCAAACUCACCAAAUCAAGGAACAACAGCACC